CCUAAAUAGUUUAUUUCUCACUUGAUUCUCUGUCCGUGUUCUCAACAUGGUAUUAGAGCUCUAGUGAUUGUUGUUUUUCUGGUCACUGUAGUCCGCAUAAAGUAGUCUCGAUUUGCUGGUGUUCUUCACUAUUUUUUUUUUUGGGUUAUGUUGUUUGAUAGUCAAACCCAUUUUCUACUAUUUCUUUGGCCUAAAUUUGUUUGUCGGGUGUGGUCCAGCUAAUAACCUAUGUUUGUUUUUACUCACGUCAUCUUCUUCCCAUCAGUGCUGUUCUUGCUAGUAGUUCUUUACGCCAUUCUUGCUCAUGGUUAUUUGCGCUGUUCUUGCUCGUGGCUUCAUCUGUUCGUGCUCAACACUCUUCUUUGUUUUUGGUAUUGGUUGCUAGGUUGAAAUCAUGGUGAGUCCCUCUGAUUUGGUUGUUGAUUUCAACCACCCCCUUUAUUUGCACCCGUCGAAUACUCUAGGUGCCCUAUUAGUGUCUCAUUAGUUGUUUGGAGUUGAAAAUUACAACGUUUGGAGUCAGUCCAUGAAGAUUGCAUUGUUGGCUAAGAACAAAUUAGGGUUUGUGGAUGGUACUUAUUCUAAGGCUUUACUACCAUAUGAUUUGAGUUAUUAAUGAGAGCGAUGUAAUGCUAUUGUAUUAUCUUGGAUCCUGAAUACAGUUAGCAGAGAGCUCUCGGCGGGAAUUGUAGUUGCCUCUAGCGCAACAGUUAUGUGGAAGGAUCUUAGUCAAGUGUUUCAUAAAGUUGGUGGCUCUAGGGUUUAUUUUUUGCAUCGUGAGAUUACUUCGCAUCUUCAAGGUACUAAUUUUAUAUAUGUGUAUUUCACUAAGCUGCGAUUAUUUUGGGAUGAAUAUGAUGCUCUUGUACCUUUUUCUUCAUGUGGUUGUGAUCAGUCGAGGCAAAAUGUUGAACAUGUUUUACAACAGCGUCUCUUUCAAUUUCUGAUGGGAUUGAAUGAGUCUUAUAAUGUGGUGCUCAACCAAAUAUUGUUCAUGAAUCUGUUGCCAUCUGUAAAUCAAGCACACUCCAUACUCAUGCAAGAGGAAUCUCAGAGGUAGCACAGUCCAAGUGUUGUAGGUUUUGAUUCGAUUUACUUACACUCAACAAAUGCAGCAAAUGUAAAUCAAAAGAGGAUAUUUAAUGGGACAUGUGAUCAUUGUAAGAUAAAAAGGGCAUAAAAGAGAAAUUGUUAUAGGAUAAUUGGUUACCCGAAUGAUUUUAAGUUCACUAAUAAGACGGCUAAUAAUGCAUCUAGAUUCAUGGUGAGCAAUGCAUCAAUUAGUGAUUCAACUAGUGGUAGUGAUGUGGCUGGUGAUGUUGGUGUCGUGAAUGGUCAACAAGCACCUCUGUUUACUCAAGCACAAUGUCAGCAAAUCUUGAAUUUGUUGAACAAUGAGCAUGUAGUUGAAGUUGUCGCAAGUUUAGCAGAUCUCUCAAGUGGAAAGAUGAAGGGGAUUGGUAGGGAGCAAGACGGUUUUUACAUCCAGCAACCUUUUCGACAAACUAAGGUGGCUAUAAGUACACCUAUUACAUCUCUUUCAGCAAAUGUUGAACCAUCUUUUCUUUGGCAUACUAGACUCGACCAUGCCUCUGUUUCAAGAUUGAAUAAGGUGAUUAAUCUUCCCAGCACAGUUUCGAAUAGCGAUAGCAUAAAAUAGUGUCUAGUGUGUCCUCUUGCUAAACAAACUAGACUACCUUUUCUUGUAAGUACAACUCGUGUCAAUGCUAUUUUUUCUCUUAUCCAUAUAGACUUGUGGGGGCCUUAUUGAGUUUCUACUUAUAGUGGUCAUAGGUAUUGUUAAACCAUUGUUGAUGAUUACUCAAGAAUGGCAUGGGUGUAUUUGUUGCGAUUUAAAAGUGAUACCCCCGUAUAUGUUAAACAAUUCAUUGUUAUGAUUAAGAAUCAUCUUUCAGCUAAUAUAAAAUACAUUCGUAGUGACAAUGGAUAUGAGUUUUUCAAGAAUGAGUGUAGUGAAUAUUUUAGUAUGUUAGGCAUUGUGUG